UACCUGCUCAAGAACCUGCUGGCCGUCGCGCUGCUGCAGCUGUGCGCCAUGGCUGUCGUGGGCAGCCUCAGCUCCAGCUCCAGCGCUAGCGGCAGCUUCUCGGACGUGGCGUCGGACGACAGCUCGAGCUCCUUGGAGGGCGUGACGCAGCUGCUGAGCUCGGCCAAGCACCUCAAGGUCGGCCCCGCCGUGCUGGCGGCCAUCGCCAUCCUGGGCGGCGGCGUCGUGUGCCUGGCCGGCUACCGGCUCUUCCGGCCCACCGUCUUCUGCUGCGCCUUCAUGAUCGGCGGCCUCUUCGUGGCGGGCAUCGUCGAGACGGCCUUCGCGAGCAUGAGCUGGAUGCCCACGGCCUCGUGGAUCGCCUUCGCCGUGGGCGGCGUCAUCGCCGGCGUCGUGGUGCUCAUGCUCUACAGCGCCAGCAUCUUCCUGGCCGGUGCCGCGGGCGGCGUCAUGCUCGCCUUCUCCAUCAACACGUCCGUGGGCACCAAGAUCUACCCGGAGAACCCGGACGUGAUCCUCGUGGUGCUGGCCGUGGUGCUGGGCAUCUGCGGCGGCCUCCUGGCGCUCAAGCUCGAGAAGCCCGUGCUCAUCACGACCACGGCCAUCGUGGGCGCCACCGUCUGCGUCUGGGGCGUCGGCUACUUCGCGGGCGACUACCCGAACGGUGCCGACCUCAAGCAGUUCCGCGCGCGCAACGACAACGGCGACUGGGUCUACAACAUCCCGGACGCCUGGUGGGGCUACCUGGCGGGCAUGGUCGUGCUCUUCCUCCUGGGCAUGAGCGUGCAGAUCAAGAAGACGGCGCGCGGCUACGACCACGGCGGCAAGACCGAGAGCCACGCCGUGCCCAAGCAGAAGGGCAACGCCGCCGUGUAGGGCGACAGCCUGUGUGUGUGGCAAGAGGCCACGACGCGACUGGAUAUGUAUUCGUGAUGAGAGGAAAAUAUAAACGUAUGCACGCUCG